UUGACGGUCAGCAAAAUGAUUUAGCUGGACAAAAGAGGAGAGGUAGAGAUGCCACCUCUCCACACGAAGGAAAACACGGCCAAAUCCCCAACAGCAACACCAACAGCAACAGCAACUAGGGAUCGUAACAUUCCUUCCUUCUCUAACCCUCUCCCGUCUCCCCUCUCUCCUCCUCCACGACCUCCCCUUUCUCCUCCCUUCGAUUUGAUUGCUAUCCUAUCAGUUCUGAUCGGUCCGGGGCCAUCCAGCUGAACUUUAGGGUUCCUGGUGCGAUUGGGCUGGGGGGUUUUCGGGGUCCGCGGGAAGUGAUGGAGUCCGAGGACGACAUGCAUGACGCCAAUGACCUGGAGUCGUUCGACGACGAUUUCUAUAGCGGCGACACCGGGAUGGGGAGUGAUGACGGCGACGAUUUCGAUUUCGUCGACAACGAGUCGGAUGGCUCCGAGGACAUCGCCUAUCACCGCCAGCAGCAAAACUAUACUAUAUUAAGUGAAGCUGAUAUAAGACUGCGCCAGGAAGAAGACAUUAGUAGGGUAUCAACUGUGCUUUCAAUACCAAGACCAGAUGCAUGCAUUCUUCUACGCCAUUAUCACUGGAGUGUUAGUCGAGUGAACGACGAGUGGUUUGCAGAUGAACAACACGUUCGAAAAAUUGUUGGUCUGUUGGAAAAGCCAGUCAAAAUGCAGAACCAUAGAGAACUUACUUGUGGGAUUUGUUUUGAGAACUACACUCAAGACAUGAUGACUUCUGCUGCUUGUGGUCAUCCUUUUUGUGGUACUUGCUGGAGAGGUUAUAUUGGCACGUCGAUAAGCGACGGCCCUGGAUGCUUAAUGUUGAGGUGUCCAGAUCCAUUAUGCAGCGCCGCUGUUGGUCAAGAUAUGAUGUAUCUAUUGGCUAGUCAUGAAGAUAAAGAGAAGUAUUCUCGCUAUCUUCUUAGAUCUUAUAUUGAAGAUAAUAGAAAGACAAAAUGGUGCCCUGCACCUGGUUGUGAAUUUGCAGUUGAGUAUGUAAUUGGCUGUGGAACCUAUGAUGUUUGCUGCAAUUGCUCAUAUGGCUUCUGUUGGAAUUGCACCGAGGAAGCCCAUCGGCCAGUUGAUUGUGAUACAGUGGCAAAAUGGAUCCUGAAAAACAGUGCUGAAUCUGAGAAUAUGAACUGGAUAUUGGCAAAUUCAAAACCCUGUCCUAAGUGCAAGCGUCCAAUCGAGAAAAACCAAGGAUGCAUGCAUAUUACAUGCACACCUCCUUGUAAAUUCGAGUUUUGCUGGUUAUGUCUUGGUGCAUGGUCAGAACAUGGGGAAAGGACUGGUGGUUUUUACGCCUGUAACCGUUAUGAAGCUGCAAAGCAGGAAGGAGCGUAUGAUGAAUCUGAAAGGAGAAGAGAAAUGGCUAAAAAUUCUUUGGAAAGAUAUACUCAUUACUAUGAACGUUGGGCAACUAAUCAGUCAUCAAGGCAAAAGGCACUGUCAGAUUUACAUAGCAUGCAAAAUGAUAAGCUUGAGAAGCUGAGUGACCGGCAAAGCCAACCUGAGUCGCAGCUCAAGUUUAUCAUAGAAGCCUGGUUACAGAUAGUUGAGUGUAGGCGGGUGUUGAAAUGGACAUAUGCCUAUGGUUUUUACCUUCCUGAGCAUGAACAUGCAAAGCGGCAGUUCUUUGAAUAUUUGCAAGGUGAGGCUGAGUCUGGAUUGGAACGUCUUCAUCAAUGUGCAGAGAAGGAGCUCCAAGUAUACCUUGAUGCAGAAACUCCAAUGAAGGAUUUCAAUGAUUUCCGCACUAAGUUAGCUGGCUUGACGAGUGUGACUCGCAACUACUUUGAAAACCUAGUCCGAGCCCUGGAGACUGGUUUGAAGGACGUUGGUUCUUCCAAUAGCCAGGCCACGUGCAGUAAAACUUCAAGCUCUAAGGGUUUGGGCUCAAAAGGAAAGGGCGGCAAGUCUAAAGCAACAGGAAACAGCUCCAGAUUAGCUGGUCCCAGUCACAGCUUGGAUGAGGACAAUUUCUGGUCCUGCGAUCACUGCACCUAUGCCAACCACAAAUCCGCCAAGGCAUGCCAGAUGUGCGAGCAUCAGCGAUAAAACACUGUGAGAGUGCCUUCCCAAUGCCACUUUCAUCUGUCUAUAAGGAAACAUUUCAAGUUAUUCGGUUGGAUCUGGUUCUGUGAGCAUUCCACAGGCUAGUGCCCAUGAUCUUUUAGGUUAUUUGCACAUUGCAAGAAGGGCUAUGAAAUAACAGGAAACAUACUAGGAGGAGAGGAAAAAUGAGACAAAGAAAACAGUAUCUUCCUGUACGUUUGUUAAAUUAUGUGCUGAUAGUUUCAUUGCAUGUUUAUUGUAUAUUAUAGAUAAUAUAUAUGUAUAUUUGCAAUGGUGCCUCUUUUCUAAA